AUGGACUUCUCUACGGCGACGACGACGACUGCGUCUAAGACGGCGAACGGUUACAGUUCGCCGCGUGACUCUUCCUUCCCUUCGAGCUUCACUAAGUUUAACUCCGCUUUAACGGCGGGUCUUUUGAAUCCAAUGUCUCCUCCUCCGCCUCCGGCCAUGCUCGACAAGUCGCGAUCAAGUCCAACGCUAUUCGAGAUGAUGGCUAGCGAAGCUGAUACUAUAGGCAGAGUUCCGGUUCAGAUCCAGAACGGCGUGCUUCCGUCUUCGUCUUCGUCCUCCUCUUCUUCGGCGGCGGCUGUGGCUGCGAGGACGACGAAUGGGAAUCAUCUCGUCAUUUCGGCUCAGGAUAAGCAGGCGCUUGCAAUGCAGCGGAUUUCGGAUCUUCUGGUGAUUCGGAGCCCCGGGAAUCAGUUCAACGAUCCGACUUCGAGUGAUGUUAAGCUGACUCUGAGCUCUAAGGAUGGGAUUAGCAUCACGAUGUGCGUUCACAGGCAGAUUCUUGUAGCUCACAGCAGGUUUUUCGCUAUGAAGUUAUCAGAUCGAUGGUCGAAGCAGCAGCUGCCUCCGUCUUCUUCCCCGUACAUUGUCGAGAUUUCGGAUUGUGAUGACGUUGAGGUGUACAUCGAGACGCUGAUGCUAAUGUACUGUAGGGAUCUAAGAAAGAAGAUGAUGAGACAGGACGUGUCUAGGGUUCUUGGUAUUUUGAAGGUUUCAGCAGCAAUUGGGUUCGACGCUGGAGUACUUUCGUGUCUUGAGUACUUGGAAGCAGCACCAUGGUCCGAGGAUGAAGAAUACAGGAUUGCUUCGUUGUUGUCUGAGCUACACCUUGAAAACGUAGGGGCAACAGAAGUUCUGAGAAGGGUUUCUGUAGACGCUAGCAACGGGAACAGUGGAAGUAACGGUGGCAGCAGCAACGACGAGGUGCUUCUAAACCUUCUGCACAUAGUUCUCGAGGGCAAAGACGAGAAAGCGAGGCGCGACAUGAAAACACUUGUCUCCAAAAUGCUUAGAGAAAACUCUUCGGGAAAUGAUCUUAGGAAAGAGUCGUUGUACUUGGCCUGUGACGGGUGUUUGCAUAAGCUUAAGCGGCAGUUUCUACAAGCGGCAGAGUCGGAUUUGGAGGAUGUGGAUCAGAUAGCGAGACAAGCGGAUAAUCUGCACUGGAUUUUGGACAUUUUGAUAGAUAGACAGAUAGCUGAGGAGUUUCUUGUGAUGUGGGCUUCUCUCUCUGAGCUAUCCGAGGUGCAUGCUAAGGUUCCCGUCGUUCACAGGUAUGAGGUUAGCAGCGUAACAGCGAGGAUCUUUGUUGGUAUUGGAAAGGGACAGAUUCUGACACCGAAGGAAGUGAGGUGUUUGCUGCUGAGGAACUGGUUGACACCUUUCUACGAUGAUUUCCCGUGGAUGAAGAGAGCGUCGAAAGGGCUUGAUCGGUAUUUGAUCGAGGAUGGUUUAAGCAACACCAUUCUCACUCUGCCUCUUGCUUGGCAACAAGAGUUCUUCCUAGCUUGGUUUGAUCGGUUCUUGAAUUCAAAAGACUGUCCCAACAUCCAGAGAGGCUUUGAAGUUUGGUGGAGACGGGCCUUCUGGAGAAGGAAAGAACAGAGUGAAGAGCCUGCUCGGCUAAGAAUCACUGAAAACACUUGA